AUGGACUACCGAGCGCAGCCUGACUUCCAGCCCCACCUGGCUUCUCUGCCUUACGGGCUGGGGGCAGGGCCCCUGGGGCCACUGCCCAGAGGGGCGGCCCAGGACCCAGAGGAGCCGACCAGCCCCAGGUGCCACCCGGUGGCUGUGUGCCAACAAGAGAGCUUGUCCUUCACCGACCUGCCCACCCCAGCGACCUUUGACCUUUUCCCCUUCUCCACCGAGGACCCGGCAAGGCCAAGCCACUGGUUGUUGAGACCUCAGGGCUCCCCAGAUCGGGAUCACGGGCUGCUCUGGCCCCUGCCCAUUGGGGAUCAGAACCCUGGAGUCCCCGCUGGCGUCGGGCCCCGACAGGGCAGGGCGGACAGCUGGUGCCCUUGUCCCCUUGCCCGCCCCACAGACCCGCUGCCCCUUGGAGACUCUGCACUCGACAAGUUCCUGGGGGGACCCAGGAGUCCCCGGCACCCGGAGCUCCAGCGCCGAGCUAGCCGCAGCUCUGAGAAGUCUGCCUGGCGGAAAAUGCGGGUAUAUCACAGCGAAGAUACAGGAGGCAGCCCUGGUUCCGAGGACCAUGUGGCCUUCCUGGAGGCUGGAGUGGAGGAACCAGAGCCGCCCGCGGCCCCUGAGGUGCCCAAGACCCUGGAGUCGGUGCUGCCAACCCCAGCCCGGGAGGGCACGAAAGAGCCAGAAAGAAGGCGCUUCUCGGCCUCGGAGCUGAUGAACAGGCUGCAGUUCUCCCAGCGACGCCCCACCUUCUCCCUUCGCCUGGGCAAGGCCCUCUCUGCCAAGGCUGGGCCCAAGGAGAGGGGGGCCUGGCCUGCCCGAGAAGGCAAAGGCCUCUGGAAGGAGCAGAGCUGCCCGGAGCCGAGCUGCCCAGAGCCGCAGGGUUGUGGCACUGUGACCCCUGUAACGGGGGCACCCGGAGAGAGGCAAAGCAGCUGGCCCAGCCCUAGGCCCGAGAGGCUGGAAGAGCCAGCCCCAAACACCUGGGUCCCCCAUGAGCGGCGCCAGUCUCGGUUUCUCCUUAACUCUGUGCUGUACCAGGAAUACAGCGACGUGGCCAGUGACCGCGAGCUGCAGCGGCAGAAGUGUGAGGACGCUGUGGCGGAGGAGGUGGAGGAAGAGGAGGAAGGAGGAAGGGAGGAGGAGGAGGGGCCAGGCCCGCCGCGCGCCAACCUGUCCCCCAGCAGCUCCUUCCGGGCGCAGCGCUUCUCCCGCAGCUCCACCUUCUCCCUGUGGCAGGACAUCCCCGACGUGCGGGGCAGUGGCGUGCUGGCCACCAUCAGCCUCCAUGAGUGCAAACUGCAGGAGGCCAAGUUUGAGCUGAUCACGUCGGAGGCCUCCUACAUCCACAGCCUGUCGGUGGCCGUGGGGCACUUCCUGUGCUCGAGGGAGCUGGGCGAAUGCUUAGGGGCCCAGGAGAAGCAGUGGCUCUUCUCCAAGCUGCCCGAGGUCAAGGACACCAGCGAGAGGUUCCUGCAGGAGCUGGAGCAGCAGCUGGAGAGGGACGUGCUUCGCUUCGAAGUGUGCGAUAUCGUCCUGCGCCACUGCCCGGCUUUCCGCCGCGUCUACCUGCCCUACCUCACCAACCAGGCCUACCAGGAGCGGACCUACCAGCGCCUGCUACUGGAGAACCCCAAGUUUCCCGGCAUCCUGGCCCGGCUGGAGGAGGCGCCCAUUUGUCAGCGUCUUCCCCUCACCUCCUUCCUCAUCCUGCCCUUCCAGAGGAUCACCCGCCUCAAGAUGCUGGUGGAGAACAUCCUGAAGCGGACAGCACAGUCUUCUCCCGGAGAAGACAUAGCCACCAAGGCCUUCAACGAGCUCAAGAAGCUGGUGCAGGAAUGCAAUGCCAGUGUCCAGUCCAUGAAGAGGACGGAGGAGCUCAUUCACCUCAACAAGAAGAUCCAUUUUGAGAGCAAGAUCUUCCCACUGAUCUCCCAGUCCCGCUGGCUGGUGCGGCACGGGGAGCUAGUGGAGCUGGCUCCCCCCCUCCCACCCACCGCGACCCCCACCAAGCUCAAGCUGUCCAGGAAGGCUGUCUACUUGCACCUCUUCAAUGACUGUCUGCUGCUCUCCCGCAGGAAGGAGACGGGGAAGUUUGCCGUGUUCGUCUAUGCCCAGGUGCCCGAGCUGAAGGUGAAGGAUCUGAGUUGGAAGCUACAGGGAGUCCCCGGCCAGAUCUUCCUCCUGCAGCUCUUCCACAGUCAGCAGCGGAUCAAGCACCAGCUCCUGCUGCGGGCACACACUGAGAGUGAGAAGCAACGGUGGAUCUCUGCCCUGUCCCCAUCCAGCCCCGAGGCUGACAAGGAGUAUUUCAGCGGGAGAGAAGACUCUCCCCAGGUGCAGUGCAUCAGAGCCUACAAGGCCCUGCAGCCUGAUGAGCUGACUCUGGAGAAGGCUGACAUCCUGGCAGUCAAGACCAAGACCAGCGAUGGUUGGCUGGAGGGGAUCCGGUUGGCCGAUGGCGAGAGGGGCUGGGUGCCCAGGGCCUACGUGGAAGAGAUUGUGAGCUUCGGUGCCCGUCUACGCAACCUGCGGGAGAACAGGAGGAUCAAGAGCGCUACCCGCAAGCUGGAGGAAGAGACGGUUUGACCGCCGGGGCUUGGCUUCCCCUGCCCGGCCCAGAGCGACCCCUCAGCAGGGCUAGGCUUGGCUGUCUCCCCAGGGCUCUGACUGCCUGGAUCAUAGCUGCGACCCCAGGAUUUUAGAACUCCUCUGCCCGGUCCGGAGCAGCCCCUUGCUGGGCUGGCUCCCCAGUACUCUGCCCGGACCAUAGUUGUGACCCCAAACUUUAGAACUCCCCCGCCCGGCCCGAAGCGGCCCCUUGGCAGGGCUGGGUUGGGCCGAAUUCCUGGGUCUCUGGCUGCCCGGACCUGUACUCAUGACCCCAGGACUUUAGAACUCCCCUAACGUGGCCCCUCUGCAGGCUGGGCUGGGCUGGCUCCCUGGGUUUCUGAUUUCCUGGACAGUAACCAUGAUCCCAGGAUUUUAGAAUGCCCCCACCUGUGCCUGGCUUGGAGCUGGGAGCAGGUUUCAGGUCCUAUCCACCUCUUCCACAGCCUCUGUGCCUGGGGAAGGGACCCCCUGGUGAGUGGAGGCGAAUGGAGGCUCUGGAGGCUCCACUCAGAAGAGGUGGAGGGACUUACCCUGCUGAGGGUAGUGGGAAUCCCGGACUCUGACUCAACCCAGGGUCCUUCCUUUCCUCCCCAGAGGAGGCUACUGCCAGCUGGUUUGAGCUGCCCCUGCUCUGGGCUGGGGAAGCCUGGAACUGGGAGGCUGGGAACUCCCGGACU